AUGCACAUGCUACCGUUCCGAGAACAGCCCAUCUUCACCACCAGAGCACACGUCUUCCAAAUUGACCCCACCACCAAGAAGAACUGGGUCCCUGCAAGCAAACAAGCGGUGACCGUUUCCUACUUCUAUGACGGCACAAGGAACAGCUACCGAAUAAUCAGCGUGGACGGAACCAAGGUAAACCCGAUCACCUUUGGCGUGCCUUCAGUGAUGGCUAACCUUUACCAGACCGAGUGUCCAAAGGGCCUGAACCCCCAAAAUGCGAUGCAUGCGUGCCCCCCCGAAUGCACUCUGCCCCAGUGCAACCCUGUGCAUGCAUGGCAGAGACCCAAAGACCAGCUUGCCAGUGGAGUUCCAGGGGUGAAGGAAGCCGCUCGACUGGCCAGAGACCGGUCUCAAGAAAAAAUGGAAACUUCCAGUAACCAUUCGCAGGUAACGGGCCGUGAAACUCCGUGUUCUAACCCAACAUCCAUUAACGGAACGGAUGAGGAGAACUCACACGGUCCCAGUGAUGCGCAGCUAAAAAUGGAAAAACGAAAACUCAGGAUUGCUCUUGCCCAGAGUAGCUCCAAUGUGAAGAAAUGGGAAACAGAACUGCAGGCAUUAAGAGAGAGCAACGCGAGGCUCACAAUGGCUCUGCAGGAAUCUGCGGCCAGCAUAGAACACUGGAAAAAGCAGUUUUCCAUCAGCAAAGACGAAAACGAUCAACUGCGGAGUAAGAUCACGGAGCUGGAAGAACAGUGCAACGAAAUCGAUAAGGAGCGUGCGAACGCACAGCUUAGCAGGCGUCUUCAGGAUCUGGAAACAGAACUUCAGGAUAAGGAAUUGGAAUUGGAAGAUCUACGGAAACAGGGUGAAAUUAUACCUCAGCUCAUGACAGAAUGUGAAACGGUUUCUCAGAAAUUGCAGGCGGCUGAGAAAAGGAAUAAAGAUCUGGAAGAGAAAGUCAGAGCUCUACGGACGGAUGUAGAAGAGAGCAAACACAGGCAGAGUAACUUGAAGACGGAGUUACAAACUUUUUUAGAUGUACUAGAUGGAAAGAUAGAUGAAUUGCAGGAUUUUCGGCAAGGACUCUCAAAACUGGGUGUCGACAAUUAGGGGACAGCCAUUUUCCCCCACCCCAAAAUAUUUGGUGUGUGUGUGUGUGUGUGUGUGUGUGUGUACAUGUUCUAAACCUAGGUAUAUGUUUUUACAAAACGUGAAAAGAUGGGCGUUCUUCCUUAACAAUGUGAUUUGUACAUAGAGAGCUAAAGAUUUUUUUUUCCACUUCUUUUUUCGUUCUGAAAUUUUCUCCUUGCUUCUUCCUUCCUUUCUUUAAAGAAAGAGGCGACAAUUUUGUAAAUCUUCCUGCUCCAGCGCAUUCUGGGUUUCUAUAAACAAAGGUGGGAAUUCUCUUGUCUCAGGAGAUCUGAACCUCAGUUUACCUUAAAGUAAAGUUUCCCUUGCUGUAGGCGGGUUGUGUGGGGAUUUUGAUAUAAGGCCUGCUUGCAACUGUAGAAUAGAGACAUUUCCAAAAUGUUCAGCUGCUGCUGAUUUAUGCCUCAUGUUAUAGUGCAGACAGCGGUGAAGAUGGAACAGGGACUUUAGGAGCAACCAUAGAGUAGCAACUAGAUUUUCCGAGCCUUAAGGAAUAAAUGAGAAAAGCCACAUUAAAAAAUGUCCGUAUUGCAACAUAUUUCUCCUCCUCUUCCUCCUUCCUCCU